GUACAUUCUGCUUUUUCCAACGAUUAUCUCGUGGUUUUGUGUUGUCAUGUGAAAAUAUCACCAAAUUAAAGGUUAUAAGUUCGAAAACAUUAAGUUCAAAAAAAUAUGAUGUCGAAUUAGUAAAUGAAUUUUAUGGUAUUAUAAUAAAUCGGAAAAUACUAUAAAAAAUUGACAAUGCCGUUAAUAAUAAUCACGGGAAUACCAGCUAGUGGAAAAACGACGAGGGCACAAGAAUUAAAGGAUUAUUUUGAACAAAAGAAAGGAAAGAAAGUGGAAAUAAUCAGUGAAGUUGAUACAAUUGCCAAAAGUGGUUACGACAAAAAUACAUUUUAUUCAGAUUCCAAGAAAGAGAAAGGAGUUCGUGCGGACAUUAAAUCGAAUGCUCAGCGUCUUUUAAAUCCUGUUGAUGUGUUAAUAAUCGAUGGAACAAAUUACAUAAAAGGCUAUCGUUACGAGUUAUAUUGCAUGUCAAAAUUGUACAAAACACCUCAGUGUACUUUGCAAUGCGAUGCGCCGGUAGAGCAUGCCUGGCUGUUGAACGAGUCAAAGCCUGAGGGUGAACGUUAUACCCGAGAGAUUUUUGAUGCUCUCGUUAUGAGAUAUGAAACGCCUGACAGUAGAAAUCGAUGGGACUCUCCUCUAUUUGUUGUAACGCCCCAUGAUUUGUUACAUUUUGACGAAAUUUACAGUGCAUUGUAUGAAGUCAAAGCACCAAAACCAAACAUGAGCACGCAAUGUGCACCCUUGUCGUCGACAAAUUAUUUGUACGAACUUGACAAAUUGACCCAGGAAAUUGUUACGACAAUUUUGGCAGCUGAGCAAACAGGCAUUACAACUGACAUUAAAAUACCAGGCUUUGAAAAUUUAAGGGUAGAGAGAUCGAGCAACGCUUCACAAUUAUCAAGAUUGCGAAGGCAGUUUCUCACCUAUAGCAAAAUGCACCAGAUUGAAACUAGUCAAAUAGCGCAUUUGUUCGUACAGUAUCUCAAUAAAAAUGUGUGAUAUAUAUUUUACUUUUAA